AAACCCCUGCACUACGGGACCCUCCUGGGCAGCAGAGCUUGUGCCCACAUGGCAGCAGCUGCCUGGGCCAGUGGCUUUCUCAAUGCUCUGCUGCACACAGCCAAUACAUUUUCCCUGCCCCUGUGCCAUGGCAAUGCCCUGGGCCAGUUCUUCUGUGAAAUCCCACAGAUCCUCAAGCUCUCCUGCUCCAAAUCCUACAUUAGGGAAUUUGGGCUGCUUGCUGUUAGUGCCUGUUUAUCAUUUGGUUGUUUUGUGUUCGUUGUUUUCUCCUAUGUGCAGAUCUUCAAGGCUGUGAUGAGGAUCCCCUCUGAGCAGGGACGGCACAAAGCCUUUUCCACCUGCCUCCCUCACCUGGCCGUGGUCUCUCUUUUCUAUAGCACUGGCACAUUUGCCUACCUGAAGCCCCCCUCCAUCUCCUCCCCAUCCCUGGAUCUGGCCCUGUCAGUUCUGUACUCAGUGGUGCCUCCAGCCCUGAACCCCCUCAUC